AACUUGGGAGUCAACAUGGGAAGAUGGAUGUGUAGUUGGAGACUUUUAUUGCAACCAAGUACUUGGAGACGUCCACCGACAAUUCAUUUUCUCUGCAGCUUCAUUAUACUCUCUCAUAAUUCAUCUCUCAUCAUCCAUCACCCCCCGUACUUCAUGCUCUCUGCAACUCCUUGAAUCUUUCUCUUUCUCAUUUACAGAUGGUGUCUGCUACUAAGAAGUUCAGGGGUGUCAGGCAGCGUCAGUGGGGCUCUUGGGUGUCAGAAAUCCGCCACCCUUUACUGAAGAGGAGGGUGUGGCUAGGGACAUUCGAGAGCGCUGAGGCAGCCGCGAGAGCAUAUGAUCAGGCCGCCAUACUGAUGAAUGGACAGAACGCAAAGACCAAUUUUCCGGUUGUGAAGAAUGAUCAAGGAGAAGUUAAGAGUAGUGCUGGUACUGAUCAUGAAGAUGAAUCCCCAUUAUCGCGCAAGGCGCUGUCUGAAAUCCUUACCACCAAGCUGAGGAAGUGCUGCAAGGACCCUUCUCCUUCCCUCACUUGCUUGAGGCUCGACACUGAUAAUUCUCAUCUGGGGGUAUGGCAGAAGCGCGCUGGGACACGCUCAGGGUCCAGCUGGGUGAUGAGAGUUGAGCUUGGGAAGAAGGAUGGUCAAGUUUCUGAUGAAAAUUCUUCGUCCUUUUUACGGUCACCGAGGGGCGGAGCUGAAGCCGGGGAUGGUGUGGAUGGAGAAGAAGAUAGGAUGGCAAUGCAAAUGAUAGAAGAGCUUCUCAACUGGAAUUGUCCUUGAUCACACCCACAAGUGGGGCAUAGCUAGAGUAAGUACUUACAUGCAAUGCAACAACAUAUAUGCCAUAGUUGCCUGUAAAGUAAUACUAUGUUUUCCUAUACAUUCCCGUGAUAUUACAGUGUUUGAAAAGACGUAAUGCAUAAAUACUUUUAAUUUUAUCAAAAUAAA